UUUGUGUAAUGGYGGACACGAUAUCUUGAUCAACUCCAACCAACGACACGUUUUCGCAUUUAUUUACCCAACUAAAGCGUUACUAUGCUUCUAGCUCAACCAAAUCACUUCAAUACACAUUGUUAAACGCUAUUACAAGAUGUCUGUUCACCAACAGCCUAAUUCUUUGCCGAAUUCAAGCGGAAUUCUCGACAACCAAAGAUCACCGUCAGUGUCUGAAUCAGACUCAGAUGAAGACGAUGAUUUUGAUAAUGAAGGCAUCAACAGCUCUGCUAUGGAUUUUAUAUUAAAAUCUAAAAGAAAUGAAUUGACUUCCAAGCUAAUGUUAUCUGGCUCAGAUGGGCUAAGUAAAUAUGACUUGCACAAGAUGGACCCUGAGACACAAGCCAGGCUGGGCGCUUUGUUUGAAGCUGCAGGCAUGGGUAAGCUAGCUGAUGGGAAAGUAUUUGCCGACCCAGAAGUGUUACGGCGCUUAACCUCCUCAGUCAGCUCUGCUCUUGAUGAAGCUGCUGCUGCUCUUACUAGAAUGCGGGCUCAAAAUAGUGGAGUACCRUCGUCACCAAAUCAUUCUGUAGAUACAGGGGCACGKAGCCUUGCAGAAGCUUGUCUAGAAGGAGAUGUUGGCGCAGUCAAGAAGCUUCUGGAGGAAGGCUGGAGUGUUCAUGAACCAACAGAUGAAGGAGAAAGUCUGCUGUCACUUGCUUGUUCUGCAGGUUAUUAUGAGCUAGUCCAAGUCUUGUUAGCAAUGGAAGCAAGCGUUGACGAUCGAGGAAGCAARGGUGACUGUACACCAUUAAUGGAGGCAGCCAGUGGAGGCUACGUCGACAUAGUAAAACUCCUCCUUGAAAAUACUGCUAAUGUUAACGCACAGUCACAAGCGGGCAAUACUGCUCUGAUAUAUGCCUGUUGUGGUGGGUACGAAGAGGUGGUUAAGAUGUUACUGGACCAUGGCGCUGAUAUAGAGGUGCAUAAUGAGAAUGGACACACCCCAUUGAUGGAAGCAGCUAGCGGAGGGCAUGUAGGUGUGGCUAGGCUUCUACUGGAAAAUGGAGCAUGUAUCAAUUCUCAUUCUAAUGAGUUCAAGGAACUUCUAGAUCAUGGUGCUCAGGUUAACAUGCCAGCCGAUAGUUUUGAAUCACCAUUAACACUUGCUGCAUGUGGUGGUCAUGUAGAGUUAGCUGCGCUGCUGAUAGAAAGAGGCGCAUAUCUGGAGGAAGUCAAUGAUGAAGGCUAUACCCCUUUGAUGGAAGCUGCUCGUGAAGGUCAUUUAGAGAUGGUAGCACUUCUUCUUGAGCAUGGUGCUGACAUUCAUGCCCAGACAGAAGAGACACAGGAGACUGCCCUUAGUCUGGCUUGUUGUGGUGGUUUCCAGGAUGUAGCUGCUUUUUUACUUCAAGAAGGUGCUGACAUUGAGCAAGGUUCAUCUACUCCACUGAUGGAAGCUGCCCAAGAGGGGCAUGUAGAUCUGGUGAAGUUCCUCCUGGAGCAAGGUGCCAAUGUCAACGCCACUACUGCAACAGGUGAUACUGCACUAUCAUUUGCCUGUGAAAACGGACACACUGAUGUUGCUGAUGUCCUGCUGCAAGCUGGUGCUGAUCUGGAACAUCAAUCAGAAGGAGGCAGAACUCCCUUGAUGAAAGCUGCGCGAGCAGGACAUUUGUGUACUGUCCAGUUCYUGAUCAGCAGAGGUGCCGACGUAGACAGGCGUACUGCCAAUAAUGAUCAUUCUGUGCUAUCCCUGGCCUGCGCUGGUGGCCACCUAGCUGUKGUAGAACUCUUACUUGCUCAUGGAGCUGACCCUUAUCAUAAACUAAAGGAUGGCUCUAAUAUACUGAUAGARGCAGCCAAGGGUGGCCAUGCCGCAGUUAUCUGCUACCUUCUUGAAAACCCCACACCAGGAACUCCCCCAGAUAUGAAGCUUACUUCCAUGCCUAGCUCCAUGUGUGCUCCCUCUAUACCRCCACCACGUGUCCCCCCUGUACAUGCUAGCCAGCCCCCUCUACUUGAGCACCCUGACUUGUCUGAUCUCAGYGCRUUUGGUCCUGAAGCUAURGCUCUCAGCCAACUCCCGAUGGCUCCUCCAACUUCUCCWCUCUGCAGCCUGCAAGAUGCACUGAUGUUUCAAGAUACUGUUGUACCACCGUUAUCGUCAGGCAUGCCGUCAGCUUUUGCGUCCCUCAACCAAACAGUACCGAGUAUUACUACUACUAAUACUCGUGUUACAUCAACUGCUGUUCAAACYGACAACAAGGUCAUCACUGAAAAACUGCAGCUGAUACAAGGAAAACUGGCAAAGGCCCUAAAAGAGGCAAACUUUUCUUUGGAUUCUGGAGUGUUUCCUAAAGAACUGCUUCAGAACGUCUCUGAAGAGAUCACUCAGUUCGACAUGGAGGGAGAUGAAGUUAAUAUUCCACCUCAGCCGUUCUUGAUUCCCAGUGGGUUUGGAGAGCUUACUCCUGCAGAGAUUGAAGGGUUGAUGGUUGCUGAACCUGCACAAACCCUUCCUGACGCUAUUGGAGAUAUGCUAUCGGAUGCUUCCAGCAACGACAGCAGUCCAUCAUCUCCACCAGAGCUGUGCUCAUCAUCAUUACCUUUAACCCCCACACCCUCUCCUGUCUCGUCUCACUUCACUGCAGCAUUUGAUGUUGACCAACAAACCGAGAGCAACCAUGAUACUGCUCUAACUCUUGCUGCCGCUGGAGGACAUGACGAACUUGUUCGUCUACUACUGACAAAAAAUGCUGAUAUUGAGCACAGAGACAAGAAAGGUUGUACCCCUCUUAUCCUGGCUGCCACAGCUGGUCAUGCUUCUACUGUGGAGAUUCUUUUAGAGCAUAGAGCYGAAAUAGAGGCUCAGUCUGACCGCACUAAAGACACUGCCCUUUCUCUAGCAUGUUCUGGUGGACGACAAGAGGUUGUAGAAAUCCUCAUUGCAAAGGGAGCCAACUUUGAACACCGUAAUGUCUCUGAUUACACCCCCCUAAGCCUUGCCGCAUCUGGAGGAUACGUUGGAAUAGUCAAGCUUCUCCUCAGCCAUGGAGCCGAAAUCAAUUCUCGCACAGGAAGCAAGCUUGGUAUUUCUCCUUUGAUGUUGGCUGCUAUGAAUGGACAUACUGCUGCYGUCAAGUUGUUGUUAGACAUGGGUAGUGACAUUAAUGCCCAGAUUGARACUAAUAGGAAUACAGCACUGACACUGGCAUGUUUUCAAGGGAGACAUGAGGUAGUGAACCUUCUGGUGGAGAGGAAAGCUAACAUUGAACAUCGUGCUAAGACUGGCCUCACUCCUCUCAUGGAAGCGGCAUCUGGUGGCUAUGUUGAUGUGGGCCGCAUACUCCUAGACAAAGGAGCAGAGGUCAACGCUCCACCUGUUCCUUCAUCACGSGACACUGCCCUCACUAUUGCCGCAGACAAGGGUCAUUAUAAAUUCUGCGAGCUUUUGUUGUCCAAAGGUGCCAUGGUCGAUGUUAAGAACAAAAAAGGAAACUCACCCUUGUGGCUCUCCGCUAAUGGUGGUCACCUGGAGGUGUGUCAGCUGCUCUUCAGCUAUGGUGCAGAUGUCGACAGUCAGGACAAUCGUAAAGUCACUGUCCUGAUGGCGGCAUUCAGAAAGGGACAUACUAAAGUGGUGAAGUGGUUGGUCAAACAUGUUCAUCARUAUCCUUCUGACUCUGAUUGUACUCGCUUUAUCUCUACCAUCUCAGAUAAGGAUCUUCUGAAAAGAUGUCAUCAAUGCAUGGAGAUCAUUGUAACAGCUAAAGAUCGUCAGGCUGCAGAAGCCAACAAGAAUGCCUCCAUCCUUCUAGAAGAGAUUGACUUGGAGAAGGAAAGAGAAGAGCAGAAGAAGGCAGCAGCAGCGCGCCGAAGGGACAAGAAGAAACAGAAGAAGAAGAAGAAGUCGAGGCAGGAUCAYGAUAAAGAGAACCACAAGAAUGAGGAUGAAGAUGAAAAGGAUAAUAUCAUCCUUGAAGACCAUGAUGAAAGAAGCAAUAACAGUGAAGAUGAAACAGCACCAGCAGUCAGUCAAUCCCAAUCCAAUUUUAUACCAGUGUCGUACUCACCUCYAGGACAGGAACAGAGGGGAAGGAAGUCAUCUACAGGAUCGCUAGAUACCCUUACUACUAUUGCUAUCACUGCUGCUGUCACGUCUACUUCCAGUACUAAACCUCGGGAUAAAACCUGCGUUAUUACCACAGCAGAGAUCACCAAAGCUGUAGCCUCGACAAUCAUCACCCAGACUACCCCCCACAGUGAGCUCUCCCCCAUCACCGUAGCAACAGCMGCCGCCCAGUGCUUGGCCGUCACCUUGACAACUACCACCUCCACUACCAAGAUGUCUUUGCUUCCCAGUCCAAAGAAAGGCAAACGGCAUGAAGAUGGAUGGAAGGAAGUUGUCAGAAGGUCCAAGAAAAUGCCAGUCUCUUCUUCAGUGGUGAGCAGAGUGAUCGGGCGUGGUGGGUGCAACGUGAAUGCUAUCCGAGAUACCACUGGUGCUCAUAUCGAUAUUGAUACGAGUCGGCAGAAGACAACUGGAACCUGCAUUAUCACCAUCAAGGGUUCAGCAGACGCUACCCGUCAGGCACAUCAGUUAAUAUCUGCUCUUGUCAAAGAUCCUGAGUGUGACAUCAAUGAUGUACUACCACGCCGAAAAACACCCCUUUCACCAAGAUCUACUACCAUCUUCACUACCUUCACUACAGCCUCCACUACUACAUCAACCACUCAUUCUAACACCUCCCCUACAUCAUCCAAACCUCAGCUUUUCCAUCCUCUCUCGUGUAUUCCUGGUGUGACGACUAAGCCUCAAACCCAGMCGACGGGUGUAUCYGCACCCAUUACCAUCCCAUUCACCCGAGCRUCGGUUUCAAGAGCAGCAUUAGUCCAUGCAACAACAGCGAGUAGACUUGCUAAGUUAACAUCAAAGACWACAGUCCCUUCAACCACCUCCCAUAUCCCUAGCUCGGCUAGAUGGGGCUCGACUGCUCAGAAUUCUCAUCGAAAGAAAACCUCUCCUGGUCGAGUACCUGCAUCUCACGGAGUCCUUGAUGGUGUUGUUAAGACGACCUCAAGUGCUCCAUUUAUCAGAAAGACCUCUGGAAGUGCUGGCAUCGUUACCACGACAACCACCACCACGGUCACUACGUCAUCAAGUAGUAACGAACCMAGAGUGACRCCAGCGAAACGGCAACUCUUUCCAGACAAGGUUUGCAAGACGACGGUUUCUACUACUGCAAGUCAAUCUCGGAGAGCUCCAAAGGGACCUUUAAGCUACUCUUCCGUCACCAUGGGAGUUGCUAGUGGAAGGGGCCCUGGGAGCAAUACUGGUAGUGCCACGACGGGACCWCUGAAUAACGGUCCWCAGAUAUCACCGCCUCUGACAGUGACAUCGGUAUCAGGGACGAGUCCAAACCUAUCGUCCCAUCUYCCUCAGUCKAUUACUAAUCUGYUGUCGAACGUCGGUCAGACCUUGAGUCCAAGUCUAUGGCAAGAUAUUUCUCAUCCGAGUAAUAGACCACCCAACAGUCUACCCCAGAACCCUGAACCUUCCCAGAAUUCCUCAGCACCAGUGGAUCAAAUUUCUCAGCCGGUCUUCAUAACUACCCCAGGAGCAUUAUUUACACCUCUGAAUCAGGACCCUAAUUCGUCUUCUCCACCAAGUACUACCGAGUCUCCUGUUACUACAACUACGUCAUCGGCGUCGAGUUCUCCGACGAUAUCUCCUAUUGGAAGCUCGUUGGCACCGGGUAGUAACGUCCAUAGCAACGAUGGUGCUGAUAAACCCAAUUUGCGGCCGAUAGGUACUGAGAGAGCUUGUCGUAGAGCUACAGCUAGUCCUUUACCAUCUAUGUCUGGUAUCUCGCCGCUUAUUGGUGGAGAUGGAGGUCAACAGCAUGGGGUCUGGAGCUAUUCCUUUCCAUCUGAUCCGUCUGUCCCGUCUGGUUGGUCCACGGCUCCUGUAGCGGCAGUACCACCGGCUCCUUCAUCACAGAUGGUGAGCGGUACCAAUGAGUCGACUCAGAACUCAGAUACAGAGGCUAUUGGGGUAGCCCCUGGAGACACUUUACAGACGUUCCUCGAACGACUGUCAUUGUCGAGUCAUCUAACUUUAUUUCAGAAAAACGAAAUCGAYUUGGACGCGCUGAUGUUGAUGUCAGAGAAAGAUUACUCGGAUAUAGGCCUACCGAAGGGUCCUCGAGUGAAGUUACUUAAUAGUACUCGUCGAAUCUAUCAAGGAGAGGUUAAUGAAUUUCAUCCGCCACCCCCAGUUGUCUCACAACCACCCACGACAAGACCCGUAGGACGUGCGGCUCGAUGGAGUCAUCAACCGCCAGACGUUACCACGACAACCAUAGCUGGCAUGGAGACCACUAAUGCAAUGCCUUAUGGGAAUAAAAGAGCGCCUGGCCGAGACACUGACCCAAAUAAACAGCAGUCAUGGAAAGCCUGGAGUAGAACCUCMGUUUAAACCACGAGAAAAGGGAAGACGAUUGUCAAAGUUCCAAUUAUAGAUGUUAAAGAUUACAGACCGAAGAAAUGUGAAGUUCAUAAAACGCUAUCUGAUAUGAUGAUUCAAAAUAAAUUAAUCAGAAAUCAGA